UUUUUUUUUAAUUUAAUUUAACUUUACAAUCAUUCGAUGAAACAAUUAAACUUACUUUUAGUUUUGUUCUUUUACUUACUAAAUUACCAUGUGAAUGCGUUUGAUUUUAAAUCCAUCUUAUUUGGAAGUGGUAGUAAAGAUUCAAUCAAAGAAGCAACAACGACCUCAUCUAUUCCCUUUGGUACGCCCAUUGUUCAAUUGAGUAAAAGCGAUCGUCGGUCAAAUAUACCAUGCAAUUAUUAUUUGUGCAAAGAUACGGAAACUUGUGUCAAACAUCCUUUAGAUUGUCCCUGUCGGUUAGAGACAGACAAAAAAUGCAUAAUUGGCGAUAAUAACUGGUUUAUAUGUAUUCGAGGCGAUCAAUCAUGUGAUCAACUAUAAUGCUUUUUUGUUAUAUCUAUCUAUCUAUAUUUAUAUACAUAUAAUUAUAUAUCACUUCUUCUAUCGAGAGAGUUUAUACAUGCAUUUUUUUUUU